GUUCCGCAUUAAUUGUAAAGCGCAAAUAACAUGAAUAAUAGACCUAUUUACAAGCAAUCACCGCAUACCACCUAUUAGCAGAUAUGGCAUGCAAAAUGCGUUAUUUUGAGAACAAAUUUUCAGACUAUAAAGCUGGGUCAGAGAUCCUGAUCGAUAAGAGUAAAUGGAAAGGAUGUAUUGAGUCACUUGUUAAUACAACUUUUGAAAAAUUACCACCAAGUUCAGACUCCUGUGAUGGAGGAUUGUAUGUUGGAAAUAUUGGUGUGGCUUACAUGUUGUAUUAUUUGUCUAAGCAAGAGUCUUUUAAAGAAAGGAAAGCAAUAUUUUUAGAAAAUGCUGAAGCAUACGUGAAAGUUAAUCUUGAUUACCUCUCACAUGGUCAUAGUAAAGACCCACCCUCUGCUUUCAUCCUAGGACCAGCAGGAAUCACUGCCACUGGAUGUCUCUUAGCCCAGGAAGAGGGCAACAUAAGUCGUGUUGAUCAGUUUGGUGAAAUGUAUGCUGCAGCUGCUGAAAAAUGCAUGAAAAUAGAUUUCUUUAAACAUGGGUCGGAUGAAAUGUUAAUAGGCAGGGCUGGUUAUUUGAGUGGUGCAUUAGCUUUACAACAAAAGCUAGGCAAAAAGGUGUUAAAUGACACAACAUUGAAUCAGCUGUGUUCUGUAAUGAUAGAAUCAGGACAGCAACAUGCAGCUAAACACCUCUCAAAAUCACCUCUUAUGUAUGCUUAUUAUGGAACAGAAUACUUAGGUGCAGCACAUGGAUUGUCAGGGAUUUUCCAAAUGUUAAUGAGUUUUCCAGAUUUUUUCAAAUCAACAACUUCAGCUGAGCCAAUUGUUAAGAGUGCUGUGGAUUAUUUCCUAACAUUGGAGGAUGCAGAUGGGAAUUAUCCACCAGCUAUGGAUGAAGUUGGUUGCCCCAGACCUGAUGGUGAAGAACUGGUUCAUUGGUGUCAUGGAGCUCCAGGUGUAAUCUACAUGUAUGCCAGAGCCUACAAACUGUGGGGUGAUGAUAAAUACCUUCAAGCCUGUAUCAGAUGCGGAGAAUUGGUAUGGAAGAAAGGGCUAUUAAAGAAGGGCCCAGGAAUCUGCCAUGGAGUGGCUGGUAGUGGAUAUGUUUUCCUGCUCCUCUAUAGACUUACCAAUGACAAGAAAUAUCUACAUCGAGCUUUGAUGUUUGCAGAGUUUAUGUUCACGACAGAGUUUAAGGAGCAGGCAAGGGUACCAGAUAGUCCAUACAGUCUGUAUGAAGGAUGGGCUGGUACAAUUUGUUUUUUGGCUGAUUUGAUGCAACCAGAUAAAGCAGAGUUCCCAUUUUCUAAUGUUAUUUUCUGAAGAAUGGAUUGUUUUCUACUUAAUACUGCAAUUGAAUAAAAUAGAUUGUGUCAACAGUUCAGCUUCAGAAAUGGCUUGAUUUCUGUAAAGUAUGUAUACUUAUCAAAGAACAGAAAAUGAAAAACAAAGUAUUAUAAUUUUUAAUUGCAUACUCAUACAUGUCUACAUUUGUACACUAUUAUGAAAAGGAAAGGAGUAGGUCCGGUAAGGGCCGAUUUUGGCCUCAAAUUUCAGGUUCAUCUGAUGAAAGAUUUUGGUCACUUUUUAAACACUUAAGUGUCUACUUCAGUCGAUUCAAUUAGUUUAUGUAACAGAUUUGAACUGAUUUUAUCGUUAAAGACGCUCAGAUUCAAGCUUAGAUAUGAAAAAUCUAUCAAAUUAGCCAUAAUAUGUCACUUUUCAGACGGUUUUUGUCAAAAAUGAAAGUGGCUGCAUUCGUGUUCACUCUCAACCUUUAUAUAUGUUAUGUAUUAUCAUCAAAUACAACUUGCAUUUAAAUAUUAAGAAUGAACACAAAUGCGGCCACUUCCAUUUAAGACAGAAACCGUCUAAAUUUAACUCAAAUGCUAAAAUUGUGAAGAUUUCCGUAAUUUAGCAUGACUUAAUGAUGCUAGUACCCGAUAUAUAUGCAUUGUAUUGUUAAAAACUGCCCAUAUUUAUGUAGCAGAAGUAUUGUACUUUCCAAUAAAUAGCUUAAAGUUUACAUUUUAGCAAUUUUGUAAAACUGCUAUAUUUUGGGGCCAAAAAGGGGUCUUACUGGACCUACUCCUUUGUUAAAUUGUUUUAGUCAAAUAACAAAUUGUUCUGUAUUAAUCUUGUUUUGGGUCCCUUCCCAUUAUAUAAGUGCCAAAAGUUAUACAUUGAUAACUGAAUAAUGUUCUGUUUUUGACAAUUUUAUACAUUUUUUAUGUCCCAUUCAUUAAGUGUUCAGUGAAAGGUGCCCUAUGAGUUUUUGGAGGAAAUAUAAAAGACAUUGAUUUAAUUGAUUCAGAAGUUUUACAAUCAAGGUUUAUGAGACUUCAUGGAACAUUUAUUGUGUUGCCUAACAACAUCCAGCUGUCACUAGCAGCACAUCAGGAUCACUAAUUUUGUCUUGCAUCAUCAUUAUCUGUUUCAUAGUCCAUGUUUGUCCUGAAUAUGCAUGAAAUAUUUGCCACUGGACGUUAAGCAAUCAACAAUCAAUCAUAGUCCAUGUCAAACUUUGUUAAAAGACAACUCCUUUAAAAUGGCUCGACAGAAUUCAACCAAACUUGGGUUGUAUUAAGUUGUGUUCUUGCUACUUUAAUUUUAAAUCUGAGUAAUUUUUUUAGGUUUCCCAUACCAAAACAUGGACUUACCCAUUUCUGCAAAUAUCCAUUUAUAAAUCCGUAAAUGCUUGAAAACAGCAUGACAGAAUGCAACCAAUCUUGGACAGGUUCUUUAACAGGACAUGCAGUGGUGCACCUGCUAUUUUACUUUUUGUUCUAAGUUAUUUUUGGGGGUUUUCCUUACCAAAACAUUGACUUAGCCUUUUCACGUUAUAUUAUUUGAAGACGGCAUGUGAUACACAUCUUCCUUAGAAGACUCACACAUUUUAUUAAAAAAAUCCGGGUAAAUUUUGGACAGAAAUGCUCAUGUAUAAUUAAUAUUAUUUAAGGUUGAUUAGACUGUUAUGAAUAUGAAUUAUUGUUAGAGCAUUCAAGUUAACUUUCAGGUAAAACCAUAUUGAAUAUGUAUAGGAUUUUCUUUGUAAUAUUUUUUUAGUUGUCAUUGAAAUCUUAUAGCCAAUAAAGUGUGAUGUAUUAGUAUUAUA